AUGAAAUCAUCGGAUGAGAAGUUGUAUUAUAAAAAUCAUUUUUUCAAAUUAGGUCAAGGUCGUAUUAUUUCAAAUGAUGAUUAUCCAUUUUGGUCAAAAUUUUGGAGGUUACCAACUACAAGUGAUGACAUUUAUGAAAUUGUUAAUGUAGAAGAUUUAAAAUUAAUUCAAAAACAAAAUUUACAAAAUUAUUAUACUUUAGUUAAAGUUUUAAGUUUAAAAAUUAUACAAUUUUCACAACAAAAAGAACUUAAUAAUUCAGAUAUAUUGAAAUUAUUAAACUGUAUACGGUUAUUAUGUAAAAUUAUACCACCGUUAUUUGCAUUAGAUACUUAUAAAGAUAUAGAAAAUGAAUUAUUUUGGGACGAAAAUAGCAAUAAAAGUUUAGCAUAUAAUUUAAUGAUGAGUUUAGUUGAUUUAUUAUUUACAAAAGGGUUUACCAUUUAUUCAAAAGAAAAAGGUGGUAUUGUUUUAAGUGUAUGGGAACCAGGAAUUGGGUACAGUGCAAAGUUUCAACAAUCAAAUUUAAUUAUAGAUAGUAACAGAAAUGAAGUACUAAAACUAAUAAUAUCUUUGUGUUCAACAACUUUGUAUUAUAAAGCGUCGACAGCCAUAUCAACAGGAUCAAAGUUCUUGACAAUUUUAGUUCUGCUAACACCAAAAGUUAAGCUACUAACAUUGGUUUCAUCAUUAACAAAUUUAGUAUGUAGAUCAUCUAGAAGUUCAAUUGAUGAAAAUGUAUUAUAUUAUGAUAACAUAAAUUACACAGAAACAAGGCAUCUUUGUGCCACUUAUGCAUUUCAAUUACUUACAUUAAUGGUUGUUUAUCCACUUCCUGAAGACUCUGCUGAUUUAAAUGAUGGCGUUAAACCUACAAAUAUGGCAAGAGCUUAUAUGGGAAAGAUUCAUAAAGAAAAUGAAAUAUUAUUUUUAGCAUCAUCACUAAUCAACAUUCUAAGAUAUCCAAUGGUAAAUACAGAAGAUAGUACUUUUGGAAUAAUAAAAAAUGUCAAUCAACCUUCUUUAUGGGCUGUUGAAUCAGUGAUUUUGAUAUGGGAAAUGAUCCAAUGUAAUAAACAUUUUAAAGAUGUAAUUGCUAGAAAAUAUAUUUCAGAAUUUAUGGUAAUACUAUUAUAUUACGUUUUUGCAUUUCAUAAUCAUUACCAACAUAAAAACUUAGUUCGAGUUUGUUCUUAUUUAUUAUUAUUUUUAUCAUCAAAUUGUCAAAUGUUGGAAAAUUUAUAUCUACCAAUAAGUUCACAGCUUUAUGAAUCGAUUCCAGCAAGCUUCAAAUUAACUAUUACUCCACUAACCACUCGAGACUUUUUAGUCUGUCAAAUAUGUUCAAUUCUACUUAGCGCAUACCCUUUACAACAAUCAUACAUGACAAAACCGUUACCAAAUCUACUAUUAAAUACAUUGGCUGAAAUUUUAUUCAAUCUAAUACCCCCAGUUUCUUCAGAAGAAUUAAAAGUUCAUAAUGAUCCACAAAAGAAAAUAAACAAUCCAAACCCAAGAGGUGGAUUAUCUUAUCAAUCGUCGUCACUCAUUAUUCAAUUAAUUUCGAGAUUUUCAAACAAAAGUUUUUUACUAGGUAAAUCAUAUCAUUUGAAUGUACUUGCACUUAUAAUUAGAGCAGUAUGUACAGCCAUCAUCAAAUAUCCACAACCUUCUAGAAUGUUGUUAUUUUGUAUCCUAAAAAAUGAGAAAAUAUUUGAUGAAUUAUGGAAUACAAUUUUUAGUUUUAAUGAAGUUUAUGUCAAAGGAGAAUCAAUUGCAAGAAUUGCUGAACAAGAGGAAGAUUUUCAAGCUAACGUUAAUGAAGAAGUAAAACCAAUACCUAUAAAACCAAGAAAUCGAGAUGAUAACGAAUCAAUUAUAUCAGAAGCAGAAAGUAUUGAAGCAUCAUUACGUCCCAAACCACCUUCUGGAAUGUCGAUAAAAGCAAAAGAGAAACAAAAGAAAGAAAGUCCAAUUGGUAAAAGUUGGGAAGGAAAAGAUCAAUUAGCCUUGAUCUUAACUAUAAUUAUACCCUAUCUCAAAUCCAUUUUAAAUAGCAUAUGGUCAGAAACUCGUGGAAGUAGUGUUGAUAGUUUUGAAUUAGUUCGUAAAAUUGAACUUGCUGAUUAUCAUGGAUUAAUAGAGGAACAUAAACAUCAAAUAAAAUCAGAUUUGUUACCGGAAACAGAAUUGGAACAACUAAAAUUUGUAUGGAGUUAUUUAUCACUUGGUUGGUAUAUAUCCUUAUUAUAUGGGAAGAUAUAUAAUACAACAACUGAAGUUAAAAUUUAUAUUGGUAACAAUAACAAAUUAAUUAAAAAUUUUUCUAGUUCUAUUGCAACGGUUAGCAAAUUAACUUCAAGUUGGACAAGUUUUUUAAAGCAAGAUACUCAACCAGUAACAAAUGAUGCUACUCUUGAAUGGAUAAAUAAUAGUAUUACAAAUAUCAAUACAUGGCAAGGUACAGAUAUAAAAUUAUUUCAAAUUGAAGCAAAUUCAAAUGAUAGCUUUUUCGCAAAUUUAAACAAAAUAAGUGGUAAUUCAACUUAUGCUGUACCAAGUACUCCUGGUAGUAUAAAUGAUAUGAUGAAAAAAUUUAAUGAUUUCAAAGUUAAUGGUAAAUCAGCAUCACCAGUUACAACACCAGUCGAAGAACAAGAUUCAUAUUUUGGUAAAAGAGUUGGAAGAAAUUCAGUCACUAGUUUACAUUCAUUAAAUACAUUAAAUAGAAUUAGAAGUCAUAAUACUCCUAGAAAUUCCAUCAGUUAA